GUGUCUCAAGUGUUGAUUCACGCUUAACACAUUGAACUUAAGAAACGUUUGUCUCCAGCCAAGGCCUAGAUGUAGCGGCAUACUAAGACCAUUGGAACUGAUGUGUUUGUUUAUUAAUUGACUUGAGUGCGUGCUAAAGAAACUGAUGUGUUGUUUAUUAGUUGACUUGAGUGCAUGCUAGCGAUAACACUGCAUUUUAGGACGACUUUCCAUUCCCGCUUGUGUUCUUUCUGACAGGAUUUACUCCCCUGAAUUCCCAUGAUGGCGAACGCUAUAAUUUGGCACAACCCAAAAGUGUGGACAAUACCCCCAAACAAAGAAGACAAUGGAUAACUACUUACGUUUCGUUGUGGAUAUCAUUGUGGAUAUCAUUUUGGAUACCAUUGUGGAUAUUGGCCUUUCAAUGUGGAUGUGGUUUUAAGCUAGAAAAUUGCUGAGCACAUAUUUGUGCGAGCCGUAUUCUUUCAUUGGUAUAUUCAAGGGCGUUAUACCUGCUAAUUUUAUACAUUGUAUUAUAGUGUUUUAAAUAACAGCUUAAAAGCUGACCCCUGUGAGAAUCUUACUCUUAUCUUAUUAUAAGAGACGACUAGCGUUUCAAGUCAGAAGGAUAAACGCAUGUUCAGCCCACUCCCACUGCUGAGUUAGUUUGCUUGUGUUCAAUGUGUUGUGUUGAGUUCGAAUCUCUCCGCCAUCAGUGGUUAUAACUUGCUGCUUGGGAUAGAGGUCACCAUGCCCGGAGCAAGGCGAGGCCUGGUCGCUCCACAGAAUACCUUCCUGGAGAAUAUUAUCAGACGAUCUAACGGACAACACAACAGUUUUCUAUUGGCCAACGCUCGUAUUGUGGACUACCCUAUAGUGUACAUGAAUGAUGGCUUUUGUAAAUUGGCGGGCUACAACAGAGCUGAAGUCAUGCAGAAGUCCAGCACGUGCAGUUUUAUGUACGGGGAACUCACGGACAAGGAAACUGUCAAGAAGGUGGAGAACUGCUUUGAGAAGUUGCAGCACGAUCAAGUCGAGAUAUUACUGUAUAAGAAGAACAGAACUCCGCUAUGGCUGCUGUUACACGUAGCGCCCAUCCGGAACGAGAAGGACCAGGUGGUACUCUUCAUGUGCACUUUCAAGGACAUCACGGCGCUGAAGCAACCAAUCGAUGAUGAAGCUGGAAAGGGUUUAAGUAAGUUUGCCAGGCUGGCCAGGUCGGUCACUCGAAACAGGUCAACGCUGCUCCAAUUCUCUUCCCAUCAGCCCAGCACAAAGUUUGACAGUUCCAGACCGUCGCAGCUCGCCAAUAUGAUGAACCUAAGCGCUGAUGUAUUGCCUCAAUACAGACUUGAGGCCCCAAAGACCCCUCCCCACAUCAUUCUGCACUAUUGCCUCUUUAAGACUGUCUGGGACUGGGUCAUUCUGGUCUUGACCUUCUAUACUGCCGUCAUGGUGCCAUACAACGCUGCUUUUAAGAUCAAGACCAUGGACCAGCUGCCUCUGCUGGUCAUAGACAGCAUGGUGGACGUGGUCUUCUUCGUGGACAUUGUGCUCAACUUCCACACCACCUUCGUGGGCCCCAGCGGGGAAGUGGUCUCCGACCCCAGGAUCAUACGGAUGAACUACCUCAAGAGCUGGUUUGUUAUCGACCUGUUGUCCUGCUUACCUUACGACGUCUUCAAUGCAUUCCAGUAUGUUGAUAAUGGCAUUAGUACUCUCUUUAGUGCACUCAAAGUUGUACGUCUGCUGAGACUGGGCCGCGUGGUCAGGAAACUGGACCAUUACCUGGAAUAUGGGGCAGCCAUGUUGGUGCUGCUCAUUCUGGUGUUCAUCCUCUUCGCUCAUUGGUUCGCCUGUAUCUGGUACAACAUAGGAUGGUCUGACCUGGUCAACGGAGUGGACUAUGGCUGGCUGCCUGUCCUAGCUAAUACUACCAAGCAACCCUUCAUAGCGCCCAACAGUACAAACAAUGACGACCUGCUUGGGGGGCCAGGUAAAGAGCUGAGGUACCUGACUGCCCUGUACUUCACCUUGUCCUGUAUGACAGGUGUGGGCUUCGGCAAUGUGGCGGCCAACACCCAGUCUGAGAAACUCUUCUGUGUCUUCAUGAUGAUCAUAGGAGCCCUGUUGUAUGCCUUAAUCUUCAGCAACGUGACCACCAUCUUCCAACAAUUCUACUCCAGCUUCGCCCGCUACCACGACAUGCUGAACAGCGUGCGAGAGUUCAUGAAGCUCCACGACGUCCCGAAGUCGCUCAGCGAGAGGGUCAUGGACUAUAUCGUCUCAACAUGGGCCAUAACCAAAGGAAUAGACGCAGCAAAGGUUUUGAAUUACUGCCCUAAGGACAUGAAAGCUGACCUGUGUGUCCAUCUCAACCGUAAAGUUUUCCUGGAACACCCAGCUUUUCGUCUGGCCAGUGACGGCUGCCUCAGGGCGCUAGCCAUGCACUUUAAUAUGACACACAGUGCACCGGGGGAUCUCAUCUUUCAUCAGGGCGAGAGUCUGGACGCCCUCUGUUUUGUUGUGUCUGGAUCCCUGGAAGUUAUCCAAGACGAUGAGGUUGUCGCUAUACUGAGUAAAGGGGAUGUAUUUGGUGACAACUUUUGGAAAGAGCAAAGCAUUGGCCAGUCUACUGCCAACGUACGAGCGCUGACUUACUGCGAUCUGCACGCCAUCAAACGAGAUCGUCUGCUCGAAGUUUUGGACUUUUACCACGCCUUCGCCAACUCUUUUGCCCGGAACCUGACGCUGACGUAUAACUUGAGACACAGGCUGAUCUUCAGAAAAGUCGCAGACGUUAAGAAAGAAAAAGAACUUGCUGAGAAGAGAAAGAACGAUCCCCCACUGGACCUGGCCACCGAUCACCCAGUCAGAAAACUCAUUUCCAGGUUCAGGAAAAUUAGCGACUCAAAACACGAUUUAAAGCACAGCAACUCAGUCGACAUGGAGCGAGGUGGUUCAGCCAACUCCAACCCGGGUGGUGGCGAGACUUCUCAGCAGGAACGUCCAUCAAGUGGUACUCGUCUGAUAACAGUGUCGGAAAAUCCUGACCAGGGCGCCAACAAGCCAGCGCCCAGAUUUGGAGGAGGGGCUUCAAGGUGGAGUAAAUUUCUACCAGGAUCUUCUAGUUUAGCAGGACAAACUUCAGAUCAAAAAGCAGACAGUGGGGAGAAGGCUAUCCCGCUGAACGAUCUGUCUCCUAAAGUAGAAACACGGUCAGGAGAAGCCCCCAAAAUUUCCGCCAAACCAAUGGCCAAAUGGGGUAGGCUGCUUUCAAAAGCUCAGGAACCCAUUGAGGAAACCCCGGAGGACGAGGUUCGUUCAAACAUUAAGAAAAACGAAUCGUCCGACAGCGCGCCUCGAAAAAACACAAACCUCGAUCCGCCUAACGACGUCCGCCUUGAAGGUGAGUCUGUCCAGACUAAUCUGAAUAUCAACACCUUAAACAGCUUCUCGCGUGACACUACCAGCAACAGCAGCAACGGGACGAACCAAUCCGCCGGUAUGCCCACGGGUGGCCUGUCCGCUGCCGAGCAACACAUGUUGACCUCUUUGUAUCACAUACGUCUGGAGAUGAAGGAAGAGAUGGACGGCCUGAGACAGAAGAUGAACAGGAUCGACGAACAUAUCACUGAAAUUCUCAGGUACUUUUCUCCCGCCUCCACGCCCUCGUCAGCCUCCACGUACCCCAGCUCCAAGUUUAACUCUCCUUUGAGCUUGACACAUUCCAACAGCGAGGAGCAAUCGCCAAAGACAUCUAUCUCUUCUUCCCCAAAACACAAGCCCCAGGAGGACACUGCAGCAAAUGUCAUCCAGGGACAAGAAACGACGAUGAACAUAUCCAAUGACUCCGUCCUUGAUAAGCAUCAGCGACUCAAGCUCAGACCUAGGCCGCCGACAGGGCUCCCUCAGGACAGCGAUACAAAGCACAAAUCGCCGAGAAGGUCGUCCAAAUCCUCCAAUAGUAGCAAUGAGAGUCACAAACAAACCUCAGGAACGCCAGAACCACUUCCGGGGCGUGUGCAUGGGGCGGUGCAAGCUGACGUUUCCGAAGAAGGGGACAUAACUCCAGGAAAAGCAGACGAAGAUCUGGAUGUGUUAUAACCUUGUUGCAACCUGUUCCAUGUAGAUAGCUGACCAAAUCGAUUCUACUGCGUUUUUAGUUUAUUGUUGUUUUGCUUUCAAAAUGUAAAUUGGAGAUGUACAAAUAUUCAUAACUUAUUUUAAUUAGAAAUAAAUGCUGAUUGUUAAUGUUUUUCACUUGAUGAAUGCAAACUGGUACUGACACAAGCUGUAGCCAUUUUUUGUGAUGUUUACAUUGACAUUUACCAACAUUUCUACUAACAUCCGGCUGUCUCCCGGCAGAUGUGA